AUGCUUAUAGAUUUGCGAUUUGAGUCAUGUUAUAAUGCGUCACUUAUUCCUGCAGGGGGAUCAUGGUCACGCAUAUUAUGGGUUACGUUACGAGAUCAUGUGUUGAUGCCUUUUCUACAGGGUUUCUUAUGGACAGCAAUGUUAAUAGGGUUUCGCUCGUUUCAAGUAGUAGGUCAGCAUAGAAAGUCAUAUUGGGAAGAGAAAGCAUGUAGUUGGUGA